GAAACGCUGGCUACGUCCGACGUCUGCACGCUCCUUACGUCCUUCCGCCUCUGACGAGUCUAGUACGUCAUCACGCAUCGUUUCCAAACAAUGCUCUGGAAAAAAAGCCACGUUGACGUUUCAGAGUGAAGUGUAGUCCACAAUUUGAGGCAGAAUAAAGCAGCAAUUGUGUGUUUCAGACGCUCCGAUUUCUUUUCGCUGCAGACCCCAGAUCAGUGCAGACAUGUCAUCGCCGCCGAAGGAGAAAGUGGAAACCAAAGGAGGACAUCUCCCCGCAGUCAAAGCAGGAGGUAUGAGAAUAGUGCAGAAGCACCAGCCGGCAGCUGCUGCUCCAGACCCACCGCAGAAAGAUGAGGAUGAGGAUGAGGAUGAGGAGGAGUACGUCAGCAGCAGUCCACCAAAGGUCCCCGUGAUUGUGUCUGGAGUGGUGACAAAGGGCGAUAAGGACUUCACCCCCGCCGCCGCCCAGGUGGCUCAUCAGAAGCCCCAGCCUGGUGUCUCCAAGCUGCCCGCCGCUCAGCAGAUCAACCAGCACAUCCACCAGCCCCGCAAGUGAACGAGGCAGCAAGCUGCAAUGGCUACGCUUCCUCCACUGGCCGGCCUUCCCCCAUGGAACGGCUAGGAUGAAGAUGUUUCCCCACCAGGCACAGAUCUCCUCUAAUUAAUCAGUGUUUUUUUUGUUUUUUUUUGUAAGCCUCUUGCAUUACAUAUAUGAGAAAUUUAUCAGCAACAGACACCCAAUGCGAAUACAGCCUUCAUAGAAGUCCCAAUCUGUACACCCCUGCUGCUUUGCACUAUUAGUUCUCCUAAAGAGAAAUUGUCUUGACAGCUGUACAGUCUUACGGUGGUAUGCAUGGCCGGGUGGUCUUCUAUAAUUGCUACCAUUCUAGGAUUAAAUGAUAAUGAAGAAAUAUCAGAGUCUGUGUGAGGGGGGGACUUUCACCACAACGAUGUGCCGACCAUUACCAAAUCACAGCAAUCAAUCAUGCCAACUAGCCGACCAAUCACCUCAGCCUAAGCUCCAGCCUUCUACCUAUGAUCUUCACAGACCAAAAUAACCAAUGAUAAGAAAUCAGGGGUUGGACACCAGUUUACCUUUAUCAAUGUAAACCAAAAAGAACACAAUGUGCAGCUUCUCGAAUGCAAAACGCAGUUCGAUGGGCGGAUCACUUAAGAAUUGCUAAAUUGCACAGUACCGCAUGGACCAGAGAGAGGUGAAGUAGCUAAUUACAUGACAGCAUUAACCAAUCAUCAGUCCUAACGCUGAGGUUACUGGCAAGCUUGACAAGCGUGCCGUUUGGCCAUUUCACUAUUAUAGAUGUCCAAUAAUGAGAACCAAUGAGAACAUAUUGCCCACUUCUCUGUUUUUCUGGUUGCCCUUACCUAAGUAGCUACUUGAUGCAUGGUGUUAGUGUCAUGACUCAAGAAGCCUAGCAACGCUUGUAUUAAAGUCUGUUUAGCCUUUGCUAGUUUCCUCCGAUGUAAUUGUUCUUACCUUUUUAUUUAAUAGAGGAGUGCCGAUGUACUCUCUAUUUUUGCCCUGCCUUGUUGGAGCUGUAAUGUCUAUCCUUCCCUGGCAAUGUUCAUUUGAAUGCAAACUGGACCUGCUUCACGGUAAAAGUAUCCCAUCAGUGCCUCAUUGCUCAGGAAUUUUUCUGUCUCAUUUGACUCGCAUGGAUUUACAUUUUAUUUGCUUUGCACGCGGCGUCAACUGGAAUGGAAAAAAAAUCCCCAAAUGUAAUGAAAUCUUAAGAUGCUGUGAAGCAGCGUCAGGAUGCUUUGUGUUUGCAGUAACAUGAGCCUGAACAUCAUCACAAUGCCGAUCAAAGCAUUGCAGAGGAGCAGCUCAGAAGAUGGG